AUGGUCCUCUAUUUCCAGGGCUAUAAUUUAAGCACCACGGACAGCUCCAGCUUCAGCAGCGACGCGACCCUGCCCAACUCCACGACGCCCCACAGCCACGAUGGGCUGAGCAGGAGCGGACACACGGCGGUGGCGGUUUGCCUCGGCUUUAUUUUAGUGGCUGGGAUCCUCAAUAACUCUCUGACUCUUUUGGUCUUCGCAAAGUUCCGCUCUCUAAGGACCCCCAUCAACCUCAUCCUGCUGAACAUUAGUCUAAGCGACGUUCUGGUGUGCGUCUUUGGGACGCCGUUCAGCUUCGCAGCGAGUCUGCGCGGUAGGUGGCUGAUUGGAGAGUUCGGCUGUAAAUGGUACGGCUUCGCCAAUUCCCUUUUUGGUAUUGUGUCCCUGGUUUCAUUGUCAGUUCUCUCCUUCGAGCGCCACAAUGCUGUGCUGCAAUCCUCCAAGGUAGACAUCUCAGACUUCAGGAAGGCCUGGCUCUUCAUUGGAGGCAUCUGGGUCUACUCGCUCCUCUGGACACUGCCACCCUUCCUGGGUUGGAGCAGCUAUGGUCCAGAAGGUCCUGGAACCACUUGUUCCAUCCAGUGGCACCUUCGCUCACCCACCAGUGUAUCCUAUGUGCUGUGUCUUUUCAUCUUCUGUUUGCUGCUGCCCCUGAUUCUCAUGAUCUACUCUUAUGGGAGAAUCCUACUAGCUUUGAGGAGGGUCGGUAAGGUUAAUCUACUGGCGGCUCAGCGUAGAGAGCAACACAUUCUGCUCAUGGUGUUGUCCAUGGUGUCCUGCUACAUGCUGUGCUGGAUGCCCUAUGGCAUCACAGCGCUGAUGGCCACCUUUGGUAGGACUGGGCUCAUCACUCCCCUGGCCAGUGUGGUGCCCUCCAUCCUUGCCAAGUUUAGCACGGUGGUCAAUCCGAUUAUCUAUGUAUUCUUCAAUAACCAGUUUUACAGGUGCUUCGUUGCCUUUGUAAAGUGCAGCGGGGAACCACACUCUGUUCAAGGAGCGGAAAAGCCAGCUCCAAGAAUUCAGAAGUCAGAUGCCUUUGAUGGUCGGAAACAAACCUCCUCCAGCCCAACACAGCCUCAGUUCCUCUGCAGCACCAGAAAAACUACUCCCUGCAGCCACCGCAGUGACAAAAACAUCCUGUUUGUCCAUUACACACCAUGAAACAUUCAUUAUUACAUUUUCA